GCGAACGAAGGGAGCAAGGUAUGGCGUCUCUGGCCCGGCCGAUCGCGCGCAGCAGGGGCCUCUAGAUCGUCGAAUCGAUCGAAAUAUGUGGAGAUCGAGAUGGGGAUAGGAGGCGCCGGGGAGAGGGAGAUUCUCAAGCUCGGGGAUCGCAGCACUAGCGACGUGAUUGUGCGCGUCGGGACUCCCGGCAGGGAUUGUAGCUUCUACGCUCACUCGGCGGUGCUCCGGCCUCGCAGCAGCUGCUUGGCGGCAAAUCUUGCCAAGGGCAGCGAUUCCAUCCUGCUGGGGUGCUGCGAGGAAGAUUUCGACUACUACGUGAUUCUUUUCCGGAUUUUCUAUGCAAUGCAGGAGGAUUUCUCCUCUGGUUCCUGCGGGAUCGUGGCAGAGGAAUGCUGCAACGUGAAGACGACCAUCGGCGUGGCGAAAGUUGCCACGGAGCUGGGGUGCGAGGCCAUCGUCGAGAAAUGCUUCACGUUUCUAGAGGGAGUUUCAUGGAACGAGGGUGAGGAGGAGGAGAUGUUACAGGCAUUGUCCGCGGGCAUUUGCUCCAGCGAUGAUCCGGUUCUAGCCAGGUUGCGGACAGUGGACAGUGCUGUGGUGCGAGAAGUUUUUCUCUCGGCGAUCAUCGCUGCUACCCGGGAGAGCGAUGCCGGCGUCUCGAUCAAGCGCAAAGUUUCCGCGCAGGAGCAAAUCGAGUACAUGCUGGUGGAAGACGACGACGCUCCGCUCAUCACUUCCGACAGCCAGAUCAAGUCUGCGUUUCGGGAAAAAUUCUGCGAGCUCUUCCAUCGUUUCAAGGACGUGAUCACGAUCGAGGGCGGUGGUGCUGAAACCUUCGAAGACGCUAUUCUGGAAAAGCUAGCGGACGUUUCUUGGGCCUCGCGUGUUCUGUCGAGGCUUGGCUCGCUCGACGAACUUGUUUUGGCCUGGUCGGACUUCUCCCCGGAGAUCGUCUUCGUCUUCCAGGACCCAGCCUUGAGCAGUGGGAUCAAACUCAAGGUGAUGGAGAUCACCUCAAAGGUUUUGGAAGCCGUCGGCUAUGGCAACGUUUUGAUACCGCCAACUCAAAGGACUGGGCUCGUGAAAGCUUGGCUUCCUUUCGUGAGAGACAUGAAGAUGGUGCUGCUGGAAGCCGAGUGCGUGGAAGAGACGAUGCUGCUUUACAACAGCAUCGAGGCCGCCAUAAACUCCCUCGUUUUGUCACUGCCGUCGGACGAUCAAGGCGUGAUCUUGGCCGAGUGGCUCAAGAACGAGAGGGCGAGCUAUCCCGAUCUAAGCGAAGCGUUUGAGGUGUGGUGCUUCCGGAGUAAAGCAGCCAAACGCAGGCUCAGUUGCGGCUAGAAAGGACUAUUGGCUUCUCGACGACGGCUUGCAGCGGAGCGUGUUACGUGGAGCUAGAUUAAACCGCACUCGCCGAUACUUCUCCGGAGAGAUGACACGCCUUCGCCGGAUGAGUUUGAUUACCACUUUCGCGACCGAGGAGAGAGCCCUGUCAUCGAUUCUUCCACGCCGAUUAUUCCUCGUCGUCGUCUACUUUAUGAUUUUCUACGCUUGGAAAGUCAAUGUCUGCGGUGAACAGUUCUUAUGGUGAGUGAGAGAGAGAGAGAGAGAGAGAGGGAAAGGUUAUAGAGUCCCAGAUGAGCACGAUUGUUCUAUAAAGACUUCGUUGCAAAUCUCACACUCAUCACACUCAUCGCAAUCUGCAGGAAACUCGUGUGUGGUUUCACAACAACACCGAUUUUACUCCAGUGUACGCUCUGUUUUAGACUUGACAAGGUUCACUGUGAUUGAAACCCACUAGAAAAAGAAGAUUGCUGUCAAGCUAGGCUAUAGUAUUGAGGUAAUGGCUUGUAUCGACAGGUUUGAAAAUUGUGAAGUAUUUCGAAGUAGAUGAUA